AUGUCAACGUCACAUAUCUCAGAAAUGCAAGAUAAAUACUUUGUAGAGCGGAUUAAUCAAAUUUACUCUAAAGAAAUUGAUAUAAAUCAAUUUAUAAAACACACGUAUAAUUUAUUAAAUGAUUUAAUUUAUCACUACAAAAUACACAACUUCUCUUUACAUUCUGUUAAUGUAUUGGGAAAAUUUAUAUCAUACAUUUUACGCAACUACCGUGGAUUAGAUGAUUUAAACAAAAAAUGCAUUGAAACAUUGAAACAAUUAUUUUCAAAUGGAUUAUUUUCAAUUAAAUUAAAGAAUAGAUUAAUGUAUAGGCUAGAAUUGAAUAUAGCCUCAAAUUUAUUGUAUAAACAGUCAAGAAUUGAUCAGUCCACCUGGGAAUGUAUUUGUAUUUAUGUUAUUCACUGUAAAAAUAUUUUCCCGCCAAUACGUAUUUUAAUAUUUUUUGGUAUAUAUACAAUUUCAAAUCCAGCGGAACACACUCGUUGUUUGCAUAAACUAAAUUAUUUAAUUCAAACAAUGCCAAUGUAUGGAGUAGAUUUUUUUGAAAUUGUUAUGACAAUUAAAUUACUCAUGGAUAAAUCAAACAGCUUACAUUCUAAGAUUAAAUUAUUUUGUUUAAAAAUUAUGAAAUUAAUAAAAUUGAAUAUGAAUAAAUUAGAUUAUGAAAAUGCUUUAAGAUGUAUAAAACCAGGAAUGUUUUAUGCAUUGGACAUUGAUAAUACCACAGAUGGCCAUAAUACCAUUCCUACUAUUGAUAUACUGUACAUGAGUCGAUAA